AUGUCUAAUGAUCAACAGCGGCAAGAUGCGGAAAAUAAACUACAAAAGGAAAUGGAGGGUAUGGAUGAUAGCGAACGGUUGGAGUAUAUAAACAAGUUAAGUACCACUGUUUUUGACGAAAUCAUCGAGAAGAAAAAUGGCGAACCAUCCAAAUGGCAAAGUUAUUGGGAGAAAGAUGAAAAUGACGUCGAACACUGGACAAAAAAAGACAUUCGUCGUGAUCCUGUCAAAGGUUUACUGACCGCCGUGGAAGAUGGAGAUCUUGCACGUGUUCAACAAUACAUCACUCGUGAUCGAUCAUUACUCAGUGCACGAGAUUCAGACGGCUACACCGCAUUGCAUCGUUCAGCGAACGGAAAUCACUUGAAAAUCUGUGAAUAUCUACUUGAAUCAGGUGUAGAUAUCCACGCAGUUACGGAAGAUAAAUGGACCGCAUUGCAUUGUGCAGCCUUUUGGAAUAAUUAUGAAAUAGCUUCUCUAUUAUUACAAAAUGGUAUCGCUAUAAAUAGUCAAACAAAUGGUGGACAAACAGCAUUACAUUUAGCUGCAUCGCAACGAAACAAUCGAGAAGUCAUUCAACUUCUUCUUAUGCAUCCAUUCAUAAAUGUAAAUAUUGAAAAUAAACUAAAUGAAACCGCGGCUACGAUUGCCAAACGUUCCAGUUCGGUUCAUUGUCUAUUUGAUUUAUAUACAGAUGCAUUGACAAAAUUGAAAUAA